AUGGCGGGGCUUGCGGUCCCUUGGUCCCAGACUAAGGGGAAAGCUGAAGAAGAUGCGAGAAAGAUGCAGCUGGCGGUGCAAGAAGAGUGCACCAAAUCGGGGAAGCCAGCCCCCGACUACGAGCUCCGAGAACUGAUCGGAAAGGGCUCCUUUGGUCGCGUCUACAAGGCCACUGGAGCCAAAGACGGCAAGGUGGUUGCCGUCAAGAUCAUCGAUGUAGACGAGAGCGACACAAUGAACCCGAAACUUGCCGACACGUAUUCCGAGUUCAUGAAAGAAGUCACCGCCCUCCAAGUUCUUCGUGAGGGCGGCGCAAAAAACAUCAACCAUGUGCUAGAGGCACUACCUGUCGGCCGUUCCAUGUGGAUGGUGACAGAAUACUGCGCAGGAGGGAGUGUCGCAACUCUCAUGAAGCCGACAGCACCGGGCGGCCUGCAGGAGAAAUGGAUCAUUCCCAUCCUGCGAGAGGUUGCUAUUGCUAUUUUUUGGGUACACAGACAAGGCAUCAUUCACCGAGACAUCAAAUGCGCAAACGUCUUGGUGACAGAGGAAGGUGGUGUACAGCUGUGUGAUUUUGGCGUGGCCGGAAUGAUGGAGAGCAAGUUCGACAAGCGAUCGACAUUUAUUGGCACUCCUCACUGGAUGGCGCCAGAGCUCUUUGACAUGAACGCUUCAUAUGGAACAGAAGUUGAUAUUUGGGCAUUUGGAUCAAUGGUUUAUGAGAUUGCUUCUGGUCUACCGCCAAACGCCGUGGCUCAAGUCGGACUAUCACAGCUUGGAGGUUUCCUGAGAGAACAUUUGCCCCGUUUGGAAGGACCGCAAUACUCCGACGACCUCAAGAGCUUGGUUGCUUUCUGCUUGGUCGAAUCACCGAAACACCGACCAACAAUUGUGCAAGUCAAGAACCACCCCUACAUCAAAGGAACCGAAGACAGAUAUCCCUCCAGCAGUUUGGCAUCACUUGUACGGGCAUACAAGCUGUGGGAAGACCGUGGCGGUAGUCGAAAGUCUUUAUUCAACCCUCUGAUUGGAGCACAGGGACCGUCUGAUGUCGAUCUUGCUUCAACAUCUCUGGCUGACGAGUGGAACUUCAGUACCACACUUGCAUUCGACGAACGAAUCCAUGAGAACCCUGACGGAGUUACUGAUUUUGAGGCUGUUCGAGAUGUGUAUGGAUCACAGGUGGACUUUCCAGGCGGCGGUUUCAACGAGGAAACCCAGAAAGCCAAGCCGAAGGGCAGAAGAAGGCCACCUCCUCAAGCACUAUCAGCAAUGAGGGCCCCUCUAGAAAAGGUCUUUGAUCCAAACACCAUCUCCAACUACAAUGAGAACUCACAGGCGUAUUAUGGACACAUGCCUAUGCCGCCUCCCCCACCGCCUCCUCCCGCUUCUGACUUACCGCUGAGAAACGACAAUAUGCAUUCGACUCUGAGAGAGUCCCUGAUUGAUCUGGAUGCUUCCCUCGACGGUGGCGACUUGUCACAAUUCGCAUCAAUGGACACAAUCAGAGCUGGUCCGGGCCAUAGUUCCAAUCUAGGUCCUGGUCCUGGUCCAGGCCCCAGAGCGUCGAUGGAUAAUAACUGGUCGUUCUCAGGAGCUACCGACCCUUCUUACAACCGCGCGCCAUUUUCUGAUCCUGCAGAACUGAACAAUGGAAGGCCUGGACCCGACUGGCAAUGGCCGACUGUAAUACCACCAGCUUCCGCGAGUGCAGAGAUCACGAAUUUCACCUUUGACGGCGAGGAUACGACGAGGCCACCUCUCAUUCACCAACAGACAGAACCAGCGGGUCUUCCAUCACAGGGAUACGAUUUACAAGUGCCAAGAUCCACCAACGAUCGCAUGUCUGUUUCCUCGCUCAUCGAUCUAGACGAGGGUCUUGUGGAUUCAGGCAUGCCAGAAUACACGCGACCGUCCACAGCAAACUCAGACGUACCUUCGAUGACCGGUUCAGAGAUGGGAGGCGGCGCCAAUCCAUUUGAGCUUGAACGCCAUCCUUCAAUCUAUGCUCCAGCCUCGUUUACUCAGCGCGAACCGUCCAUUUACGUUUCCGAUGCCUCGCAAUUUGCAUCCUUAACCGACGCAAGCGAACCCGACCCGUCCACUAUGCAGAACACUAUCCGUCACCAGCCGUCUGUCUCGGACGCGUCACAAUCUUAUGUCGAUUCGGAUAACAGCGACUACACCACCUCGAAUCACCGGAUCAACAGGCGUGCGAACGGCUCCGGCGCAAACAAUGGCUUGUAUCCAGUCGCACCACCUGCUGCCAACAUCAUGGAGGGCACCGCCAGCACGCACGACGUUGCAGAAGAGAUGCGCCGACUUGUUGCCUCCCUGUCUGACCAUCUUACUAUCAUUGGCCAACAGGUUGGUGACCUGGAACCCCGACGUUCCAGUCGUGUCUCUGCAGGGCGCAUAAGUGAAGAGGACAUUGGAAAUCCAGCUGAUUAA